AUGCAUAAAAUAAUAUCAGUGCUUACACUUUUUGGAUUUAUUAUUUCGACCAUAAAAGCAGAUGCUACCCAGCAACAGCCAUCAUCAAGUCAAACUUCUCAAGUUGCGAGUGACAAUCCGCAGACUUCGUUCGUAUCAUCUGCUUCAAACUACCCGAACACUGACACUAUUUCGCUUUUGAAUAACCAAGCUUACGAUCCAACGCUGUAUGCAAGCUUCGUUCCACAGGAUGCUGUUCAACAAUACGUCAGUCAAUAUGGACCUGGCUUUGCUGGUCAAGCUUUGGAAGGAUUUUUAAUUCCCACAAUGAAACAGACAGAAAUUGAACCAGUUGAACCAUCAAGUUUUGAUUUUCUUCGAUCAUUAUUACCAGCUCCACGACUCUUUAUUGGUGCUUUGACAAGACUUUUCUCCUUUGCAGUGUCGGCUUUCGGAGUUAUUUUCUUUGGUGGCGCAAUUACAUCAUUCUUAUGUGCUUUCACACCACUUUGUUCAAUCACUUUCUUCGCUUCUCCAUUGGCAUUAUUACGGAAGGAAUCUAAGGAAAUUGUCGAUAAAAUUGGAUCAGAAAUCACUGCAGAACGUAUUAAGCGUGCUGCUGAUUUAUUCAAACUAGCCAUGGAUAAAUAUCAGAGCAUGCAACACUCUUAA